AUGGCAGGGGAGGGGAGAGAUUUUUUUUUUUGUGUUUCUAGCCUUGCAGCAGUGAGACUUUUCAUGUCAUCGCGGUUAGAUUUUGGUGUUUCUCUGAAGGACUUAUUUGCUGCAGCAAUGCCUAUGAAAAAGGCUCUUUCAAAUGGAAAGUCAACUGUUGUAGAGUUCUAUGCAGAUUGGUGUGAAGUAUGCCGAGAAUUAGCUCCGAAUAUUUACAAAGUAGAGCAGCAAUACAGAGAUCGUGUGAAUUUCGUAAUGCUAAAUGUUGGCAACACGAUGUAGGAAUAAGAACUUGACGAGUUUGGUGUGGAGGGUAUUCCACAUUUUGCAUUCCUGGACAAAAAUGGGAACGAGGAGGGAAACGUUGCAGGCAAGCUUCCAAGGAAGUACUUGCAGGAGAACGUGGAUGCUCUUGCCCGUGGGGAGGCAUCAGUUCCUCAUGCUAGUGUGGUGGGACAAUAUUCAAGUGCUGAAUCGAGGAAGGUACACUAGGUUGUUGCUCCCAGAAGUUGUGUAGAUGUUAUCUUGUUUUGAGAUUAAAUUCCCCAAGUAUAAAUACACAUGUAAAGGUAACCCAUUUCCCAACUUAGUUUUAUUGUAUAUCAAUCUCCAACUAUGGUUUGAAUAUAGAAGGGGUAACCCUUUGCUUAGCAUGAUUAAUGUGACCAAAUCUUCCACUAAAAU